UCAAAUUAGUACUCUUACAAAGAGAUAAAAAAAAAAAAAACACUAAAGUGCAUAAGCUAAAAAAAUGGAAGCUAUUUCUCAAUUAUCAUCAACAAGAUCUAGGUCAUUUGAAAGCUAUUUCCAUGAGGGUGUUGAGCCAAUACAAAAAGUAGAACAAGAUCAAAUGGAACAAGAAGUUUGUUGGAUUCAAGAAGAAGAAGAAAAUGAGAAUAAUACAAACACCCCACAAAAUGGUUGGUUCAAGAAUAUUGAGGAACCAUGGCUUAAUUGUAGAUCCCAAAAGAAGAAAAAUCAAGUCUUUCUUGAAGGGUAUGUAGAAAAUUCAGAUGAAGAUGAAUUGGGAAGAACAAAGAGUUUAACUGAUGAUGAUUUGGAAGAGCUUAAGGGGUGUUUGGAUCUUGGUUUUGGUUUCAGUUAUGAUGAAAUUCCUGAGCUUUGUAAUACUUUGCCAGCGCUUGAACUUUGUUAUUCAAUGAGCCAAAAGUACCUUGAUGAACACCAGAAGUGUCCUGAUGCUAUGUCUGAUACUGGUUCAUCAGGAUCUGGUCCUGUUGCUAAUUGGAAGAUCUCUAGUCCUGGUGAUGAUCCUGAAGAUGUCAAAGCAAGGCUGAAAUAUUGGGCUCAAGCUGUCGCGUGCACCGUAAAAUUGUGUAAUUAGUAGAGAAGAUGAAGGAAGCCAAGAAAAGCUUUAUGCAAAAAAGCAGAGAGAUGGAAAUUGUGGUCUUUAUCUUCAUAUGGAAGAUCACUUGUUGCUCUGCCUGAUCCUGUAAGGCUAUGGCCACACAGGGCCAAGUUCUUCUCAUGUUUUACCUGGAGACAUAUUCAAAAAGAAUUUUGUCCAUGAUGGGUAGGCUACUUUAUUCCACAAGUAGAAGAAGAAUGUACAUGAAGAGGAAGGAGAUGAUGUUUUAAGGUCUAAGAUUAACCCACAACACAUGGAAUAAAUCUGACCCCCAAGAUAUAACUGUGUGUACCAUUGUUGUAUCGGUGAAUGGAAGAUUGAAGUGAAACCAUUUACAUAAAAUCAAUCUCAUUGUUCUUCAUGUUUUAAUUUUGCUUAUGUAAUGCUGAUCCAACACUGUUCUUGGUUAGAUUAGAAAUCAAUUCUUUUUCCUGCAAUGUCUUUUUGAGUACGAGUUUCGGAUCCAACUGUAAAGUCUAUGGGUUUGGCAGAACUCAGUGCUUUGGUUUUGAACCUUUUGUAUGUGUGAAAAACACGAGAUAUACGUUUUAGAACCCACAAAGUCUAAAUUUUGAUCCGUCUUGAGUACCAAGAAAUCGUUUAGGAUCUUUGUGAACAA